AUGCCUCCUGAGUUAAGAAAGCGCAAGGCCCCAGCUACUGAGCCAGCUGCAGCUCCCCCAGCAAAGAAGAAGGGUCCUGUAGCAAAAGCUGUCGCAAAGGUCAAGGAAGCUGUCGCCCCCAAAACCAAACCUGCCAAGACCAAUGGUAGCGCCGCUUCUACCAAAGCUGCAGUUGGCGAUGUAAUCACUCUUGAAGGAUUUGGAGGAGAGAUUGAGACAAAUGAAGGCACCAAGGUCACUUUGAAACAGCUCGUCGAUGAGAGCAAGGGUGGUGUUGUGCUAUUCACCUACCCGAAAGCUUCAACUGGAGGAUGCACAACUCAAGUAUGUCUCUUCCGCGACUCAUACACACCUCUCACUGCAACCGGCUUCUCCAUCUAUGGUUUGUCCAAGGACUCACCCAAGGCCAACACCAACUUCAAAGAGAAGCAAAAGCUCCAAUAUCCACUUCUGUGCGAUCCCUCCGCCAGUUUGAUCUCUGCAAUUGGCUUGGAUAAGGCUGGUGGCGCUAAACGAGGUGUCUUCGUAGUCGACAAGUCUGGAAAGGUUCUAGCAUCUGAGCCGGGCGGACCAGCCGCUACAGUUGCGGUCGUCAAGAAGCUUGUUGGCGAUGGAGAAUCUACAGAUUCUGCUGCUGUUUCUGAACCCUCUACGCCAACUGUUGAGGAGCCAAAGACGGAAGUUCCCACCGCCAAUGGCAUCAAUGGUACAAGCGCUACGGAGGACGAUGUUGAUCAGGCAGAUGUUGCGGCUCAAGUUGCUGACACUGCUGAGAAGUUGGAUAGCAAUGAAGUCAAGCCUGUAGCGGUUUAG